AUGCCGCGACAAACAUUAUACUCGACAUUUGAGACGAAAGAUGCCUCCGUAUCUGUCGACCAGACAGGACCCUUAGCAACAGACUCGGAUCAGAGCAAAAGCGGGACUAUCGCGGGUGGUGGCUCGAUAGAACUUUAUGCACCUGUUGAACAGUAUGAGGGUAAACACAGAUAUGAUCCCAGUGCUGUGUGGACGGAGAAGGAAGAAAAGGUUCUUGUUCGAAGACUUGAUUAUAGAAUUUGUUCCUGGGUCUGCUUAAUGUUCUUCGCUCUUCAACUCGAUCGCGGAAACAUAUCGCAGGCAUUAUCAGACGGGAUGCUUACAGACCUCGGUCUUACAACAAACCAAUACAACUACGGAAUGACAAUAUUCUAUCUCUGCUUCUUAUGCGCGGAAGUACCGUCCCAAAUGAUCUCCAAGCGUCUUGGUCCGGAUAGAUGGAUUCCCAUCCAAAUGCUCACUUGGAGCGUGAUCGGAAUUUGCCAAGGACUCGUUCGUGGACAGAAAAGUUUUUACGCGGUUCGUGCCCUUCUGGGUCUUGUUGAAGGGGGCUUCAUCCCUGAUGCGCUUCUAUAUUUAUCGUACUUUUAUACCAAUAAGGAGCUUCCGAUGCGGGUGGCCUUUUUCUAUUGCGCUUCGAACGGAACAUACAUCGUCGCGGCAUUCUUGGCAUUUGGUAUAUUGCAUAUGGGAGGGUUUGGUGGAUGGGAAGGUUGGCGAUGGCUGUUUGCGCUUGAGGGAGCCUUAACUGCUAUUAUUGGUGCUAUAUCUUGGUUUUAUUUACCUCCUAGCCCGACACAGACGGCGAGUUGGUUCCGUGGGAAGAAUGGUUGGUUUACGGAACGAGAGGAGGUCAUUAUGGUCAAUCGGGUGCUUCGAGAUGACCCAGCUAAGGGUGGCAUGCACAACAGGCAAGGCCUGACUUUGAAGCUUCUAUGGGCUUCUCUGAUGGAUUAUGACUUGUGGCCCCUUUAUUUGAUCAGCUUUACGAUGCUCAUUCCUACGAAUCCAGAGCAGGCAUACCUGACCCUUUUCUUGAAGUCGCUUGGGUUUGAUACAUUCCAGGUCAACCUCCUGACUAUUCCUGGAUACGUCCUAUUUUUGAUCCAACUGGUCUUUUGGUCCUGGGUCUCGGAGAAGAUUAAUAACCGCAUGGCUAUUGUAUUGUUUUAUUCCUUUUGGUGUCUCCCAUUGUUAAUGGGUUUGGAAUUAAUGCCAUCCUCCGCAAGCCCUUGGAGUUGUUUGAUAUCUCGGAAUGCUGGCUCUGUACGCACGCGCACUGUCGGAAGUGCCGUGUAUAACAUGAUCUGCCAAGCUGGAUCUAUUAUUUCUUCAAACAUCUACCGCGACGAUGACAAGCCAUAUUAUAGGAGAGGUAAUAAAAUACUUCUUGCCAUUGUGGGUUGGAACAUCGUGAUGACCAUCUUCAUUAAAUGGUACUUUAUGCAGAGAAACCAAUCUCGCGAGAAGAUCUGGGAUGGCAUGACUGAGGAGGAAAAGAAUGAUUAUCUUAUUAACACAAAGGAUGAAGGUAACAAGAGGCUGGAUUUUAGAUUUGCACAUUAG